UAGUGCUGCAGACCGUUGCUGAUGUCGCUGGCCGACAAACAGCAAGUCUUCGACUUUGGGACACAUGUUUGUCUGCUGAAUCCAGACACUUUCUUUCCUUCAGUAAGAUCAACUCAAGAUGAUAUCGGACAUGAGACUGUGCGCUCCAUCGCUUUUCUGCUUUCAGCUUCUGGCUUUGAUCCACUUCAGCCCUGUACUAGGCCAAACUGAUGGCAGUGGUGUGGUGGUGGCCAUGUAUAACAUUAGCGCCCCCCAGGGAUCUCGGGCGGUACUGCAGUGUCAUAGUCAGCGCAUGGUGUGGACGCAAGACCGCCUAAAAGACCGCCAACGUGUAGCGCACUGGGAUCUACUCCGUAGUGGCCCAGAACAUGCGAUGGAACGUGUUGUAGAUAUGUUUUCUGCCGGGGACCAGCGCAUCUACAAUGGCUACAACCAGGGACGCAUUGGCAUGCCAAAGACUGCUUUCAUAAACGGCAACUUCUCAUUAGUAAUCAAAGAUGUUGUUAUGAGUGACAAAGGGAUCUAUUCCUGUAACCUGCAUCAUCAUUACUGCCACCUCUACGAGUCCAUCAAAGUGCAGCUUAAUGUCACCAAAUCAGCUCGUAAGGAGAGGAAGUUCUGGGACGGUCAGAAGGCAGUGUUCGUGGUUUUGUUGGGCAGCACUGUUGUCCUCCCCUGUGUUAACCGCCGACCCAUCUGGACUGAAGGCAACAGUCAGGAGGACCAACAGCAGGUGGUGCACUGGGACCGUCAGCCUCCAGGGGUCAGGCAUGACCGCGCCGAUCGUCUCAUCGACCUGUACGCCUCCGGCGAGAGGCGUCAUUACGGACCUUUGUUCGUUCAACGUAAGAUGAACAUAUCGGCCGCCGCAUUUUCGCAGGGAGAUUUCUCUCUCAUCAUCUCAGACAUUCAGCCACUAGAUCAGGGUCUAUACUCCUGCCAUCUCCACCAUCACUACUGUGGCCUGCAUGAGAGACGUAUCUUCCAGCUGACAGUAACCCCUCCCAUCCCUGAGGAAUCCACUGAUGAACCUCAAUACCUUCCCAGUGAAGACCAAAACACCAACAUGGUAGAAGUGCCACCACAUGUCAUCAAUGUCAUCUUGCCGGAGCAGAGAAAUCACUUCCUGCAACAGCUGGGCUACAUCCUGGCCACUCUCCUCCUCCUGGCUCUUUCCAUACUGGGUAUCAUUCUCCUCACACGUCGCCGAAAAAGACAAGGCCAAGAGUUUGAUCCACGGAAAGUUGAAAGCCAAACUCUGCCUACGGUAAAGUAUGUGAGCCAAGCAUCAUGUGUUAAAAAGGAAUGUGUCCCAGAGAUGAAGUUAAGGAACCAGGAAGAAACAAAGUUGGACUACAAGAACAAUCUUCUGAAAGAAGCAGAAAUGUCCAAACCGUGUCCCGCAAAAGCUGUUGAUCUAGACAGAGACAUAGAGAAGCCAUCUUGGAAAUAAGAAGCCCUUUGUCUCUGGCUGGUCCAGGGGCCGAUUUGAAAAAAGGAGAAUGGAACAACGAUGGGUGAAAGUUUGGCAAGAGAGAAAUGAUAGACAAACAUGGUUGUACAAUUCCUUACUUUUUCCUUUUUUGGCGACUCACCUUUUGAACAGUGACAGCAAUACACAACAGAGUCUAAAUUUCGGACAUGAGAUGUCAUUACAUUCAUCUAGAUUAUCACAUUUACAUGUCUUUAGUUGGUUAAAAGAACGUAUUAAAGCUAAAUUCUGUUUGAAUACCUGUCCUGAAUACAAUCUUAAAUAAAAUGGUCUUUGUUUUUUCUUUUCAUGAAAUCAUACUAGUUCAUGUACAUUUUGCCUAUUUGUUUACAUUUGUUUAUUGUUAUACGUCAUCCCACAGUAUCCUGGACUUCAAUUAAUGCAUCAAUUGUUUAAUAUUUUGACCUAAUUACUAACUUUUUACCACUAAAAAGCUACUUUCCUUUUUUAUCAAAGAAAACCCUCUUGUUAUCAAAAAUAUUUGGUUACUGUCUUCAUGUUUACUUUUCUGAUGACGAACUGCCUUUGUCACUGUUUAUUUGUAACUUCUAGCAGUUACUGUAAAUGUAUUUGCUUGUAUUCAUACAACUCUUGGCUAACAGACAGGUCUGCUUUGAGGAAACCAUUGUAAUAGACUGAUGCGACGGCAUCAAGGAACAUAUAAAACUGUUGUUAUGUAGCUCUGUAUAUUAUUUUUAUACAUGGAAGCAGCAUACGUGUGUUUCUGUAGUUUGCUUAAAAUCAUUGUUAUUAUGUAAUAUGUACAGCUAUGCCUUAUUCGAUUUUAAGGUAUAGGAAGCAAAGGUAGUGCUAGGGAUGCACCGAUACCGAUACCAAGCUCAUGUACUCGUAAUGACACACCGAUACCUCACGUGACAUACAUAGAGCCCUAUGAUUUCCGCAAUGCGGAAAACGCGGACGGAAUCGAGGAAUCCAGGCAUCUCCUAACAAGAAAUUAGCGCUGAACAGCUAACGUAACAGUUAACGAAAUAUUCAGAUACUGUUUAAAUAUGACAGAGUGGUGCGGUUGCGUGUACUGAACGCAUUGUGCUUGUGGAGCUUUCAGCGCCAGCGUUUCACUGCACGAGGACACGAACACGGCUCUCACUAAAUUCUUGGUGUUUCGAGUCUGACGUCAUCACGCAACAGUGUUUUUUAGGCGAUUUUAACAAUCAAAGGUAGUUUAGAUGGUUAGAGUAAGGUUAGGGUAAAGGUUUCGUAACACUUGAAACACCAAGGAUUUAGUCAAAACCAACAAACCACGCCCACGGAUCUGACUCGAAACACCAAGGAUUUAAUGAGAGCCCACGAACAUAUAAACAAACACCAUUUGCGGCGAUCCGUCAAAAUAAAAGUCCGCUUAAUUUAAACGCUCUUUGCGGCGUCCCGUCAAAAUAAAAGUCCGGUUGACUUGAACAAGUUAUAAUACACUCACAUUUUACCACACCACCCCCCUUAAAUUUUGUGUAAUUUGACCACAGAGUAUAUUGUUUACUUUAGUAAACUGAAGUAAAUGUGCUAGUAAAAUUGUGCUACUUAUCAUAAAAAAUAGAACUUGAUUAAAAAUCAGUACUUAAAUUUAAGUAGACCUAAAAACAAAAGAAAAAAGAAAAUGUACCAGUAAGAUACUGGUUUAUUAACAUUAUUGUACAUUAUACAGGCAUCAAUUAUAGGUAUUGGUAUCAGCGAGUACCAGAAAAGAAAUAUCGGUACUCGUACUCUGUCUUUAAAAAACGGUAUCGGUGUAUCCCUAGCUAGUGCCCAUUAUGUUGAAAAUAUGACAACUGCUCUUGUUAUUUUCUUUAAAGGGAUACUCCACCCAAAAAUGAACUGGGAGAUGAAGGGAUUACUCACCCUCAAGUUGUUAGAAACCUGUAUACAUUUCUUGGUUCUGUUGAAACUGAACCAUUUCUGGGAAAUCAUUGACUACCAUAGUUUUUUUUUUGUUCCGUUGAACACAAAAUUAGAUAUUUUUUGAAGAAUUUAGGAAAGCAAACCAUUUUAUGGUACAUUUUAAUUUGACCUACUAUGGUAGUCAACGAUGUCCCACAAAUUUCAGUUGCUAACGUUUUUUCCAAAUAUCUUUCUUUGUGUUCAACAGAACAAAGAAACUUAUACAGGUUUAUACAGGGUGAGUAAUUGAUGACAGAAUUUUAAUCUCUGGGUGGAGUCUUCCUUUAAUAUUGUCUUAGUAUGACAAUGAUUCUCAGGCUAAGACAAAAUAUGUUGGAUAGACCAUAGACUGCAUUAUUAUGGUACUGUACAUAAUGGAUUCUCAAUUAACAUCAUCCUUAACCAUUUUUAAUAUUGAUCAUCAAAUUUUCCAGACCGCUGCUGAUGUUUUCUCAUUAAAGCAGAAUAAAAUAAAUCUUUGAAUUUUCUCUGAAUUAUAAUCUGCAUGAUAAAACACCACAGAUUUACUAAUGUAGUAAAAUGUAGAAAAAAGCACACAAUAAACAUCCAAUGAUGUGUUACUAUUAAAAGAUUACUAGGAAUA